AUGGCAUCCAGCGGCAGAGCACAAAACCAAGAAGCUUCUGCCACCAAAAACGUAGCCAUCAUUUUCGGCGUAACAGGGCUGGUUGGAAGAGAAAUAGCCAGGAAGCUGAUCUCCACGACGAAUCCCAAAUGGAAAGUCUACGGCGUCGCCAGAGAACCCGACAGAGUCCCACUCCAGAGCCCCGACUACCACUUCAUCCCCUGCGACCUCCUAAACCCUCUGGAAGCCCGAACCAAGCUGUCGUUAAUCCCCGACCCGACCCACUUGUUCUGGGUCACCUGGGCCGCCCAGCACCCACUCGAUUCACAACAAUGCUGCGACCAAAACCGAGCCAUGAUGGUCAACGCCUUGGAUCCCCUCCUCCAUUGCAGCGCCGGAACGCUCAAGCACGUCUCGCUUCAGACUGGGCUCAAGCAUUACGUUUCUCUGCGGGAAAUUGCGAAUUCGAAAGGAAUUGUUGGUCAACGCUACGACGAGGGUUGCCCUAGAGUUGAGGAGGGCUUCAAUUUCUACUACGCCCUGGAGGAUUUGUUGAAGGAGAGAUUGCAGGGAGGCAGAGUGGCUUGGUCGGUUCUCCGGCCAGGGUUGGUGACGGGGAAUUCGAGCAGAUCGAUGUACAAUUUGAUUGGUUCGUUGUGCGUCUACGGAACCAUUUGCCGGCGGUUGAAUCUGCCGUUUGUUUUCGGCGGGACGAGGGAUUGCUGGGAGGAGGAGUACAUGGACGGGUCGGAUGCAGGGUUGGUGGCGGAGCACCACAUCUGGGCGGCGACGGAGGAGAGGGUUCGCUCGACGGAUGGGCAGGCGUUGAAUUCGGUCAACGGGCCGGGGUUCGCGUGGAGGGAGAUCUGGCCGGUGAUCGGGGAGAAGAUGGGGGUGGCGGUGCCGGAGGAGGCUCUGGCGGCGGAGGGGUUUCGGUUCGGGGCGGCGAUGGAAGGGAUGGAGGAGAUUUGGGGCGGGAUUGUGGCGGAGGAAGGGCUGGUGGAGACGGAGAUUGGGGAUCUGGCGAACUGGGAGUUUUUGGAUGUGCUGUUCCGGUUCCCGAUCAAGCUGCUGGGGAGCCGGGAGAAGUCCGACCGGCUGGGGUUCACGGCGCGGCGGGAGAUGGCGGAGUCGGUGUCGUUUUGGAUUGACGCGAUGAGGGAAGAGAUGCUGAUUCCUCGAGAGAAUUGA